UAUGACUGUGAUGCAAUCAUUUUUUUUUUUUAAAAAUUUUCUCGCUCCAAUUGGAUCAAUUGUUUAUAGUUAUAAAAUCAUGUCAAAAUUACCACAACCAUCUGUGAUUAAACCGUUAAGCGGUUUUAAACGUUAUUUACUUGCCAAGAUUCGUCUAUUAAUCGAUCGUUAUGAACGUUUAAUGUUGACAAAUUUUCCAUCAACCUAUCGAAUGUUACAAAUGUUUACGGUAGGUACCAAAGAAUUUUCUGGUGAUGUUUUUGAUUAUAUGCGAAUAUCAAAAGAUUUGGCCAUCGAUAAAUCGGUUAAAGAUUUGACCUAUAAUGAAUUGAUGUGCUAUAUGAAAACACCCAAAGAUAUUCGAAAAAUGACACCAUUUCUAGUGAUCACGGCUUUACCAUUAGCACAAUAUGUUAGCAUACCAUUAGCGUUUAUGUUUCCGAAACAAUUAUUAUCCUCACAUUAUUGGACAAUUCAACAACGAACAAAAUUUGCUAUCGAUGAUCAUCGUCGUAAAUUAUAUCAUUAUCGGCCAUUAUUUCGAAGCUUACAAAAACGUCUUGAUUCAAUUGAAUCACCAUAUACCAGAGAAAAAUGUCGAUAUGUUUUCACACGUCUUGGCAGUGGUACACAUCCAAAUGUCGAUGAUAUUGUUCAAUUGAAACCAUUAUUCAUUGAACAACCAUUUGGUCUUCGUGCACUGUCACAACAACAUCUAGUCCAUCUUUGUCGUACACAUGGUCUACGGCGAAUAUUUCUUUUUAAACGUCGUCGUCUUUUUCAACAUAUAACAUUCAUUCAAUCAAUGGAUCAUCAUUUAUUCGAUAAUGAAUUAUCAUUUGAACAAUUACGACAAGCUUGUUUUAUACGUGGUUUGAAUCCUAUAAAUCUAACACAACAAGAAAUGUUUGAUUGGCUUCGACAAUGGCAACAAAUAUCAAAGAAUGUUGACGAUCGUACCAUUUCAUUGUUGUUACAUACACCAUUAUUUUUAGCCUAUAAUCAUCCAUCAAAUUGGCGUUUGAUUUAUUCAUAAUAAUAACAAACAUGGUGAAAAUGAAAUAAUUUAGCAAAAAAAAAAAAAAAAAUUGUAAAAGUG